CAAAAUCACAUGUAAAUGCAGACACACACACCCACAUACCCUAUCCCACAUGGCAGUUGCAUUGCUGGCCUCCUCACCUCCCUCCUUCCUCAUUUCUUCACAAUUUAAUACUCUUUUUUUCCUUUAACCUUUCAUCUUUGGCUUUUUCUCUCUUAUCAUGGCUUCCUCUACACAUGGAUCAUGCCCCAUACUCUCUUCCAACAACUGACCGCUUCUGCCCUCUCCGCAUUUCCUUCUUCUCUUCACACUUCCAUUCACCCGUUUCGUCCAACACAUUCUCGUCUCCGAUCUGGAACCGCCCCUUCUCGCAGUAUUCUAGUCUCUCCACUGCUUCAAAUCGUGUUGGGGACCCAAAUUAUCUCUACAUACUCUCGCAUUUCUUUCCUUUUCUGAUUCGAGCUGGAGAUGUACUGCAGUUUUCACGACAAAGAUCUGAUUUUGCACAUUGGUGUGUUGGAGCAUUAAUGAGUUCAAUUUUGAAGGGCUUUUGAUAGAUUUAGUGGUAUUUGACUCCUGGGUUCGAUCGAGAGGAGCUGGCUGCUUUAGUGCAGUGAUGAUGACAUGAUUACGUUAAGUGAUUUUUGAAGAAGAUUGCUAUUUGCAGUGCUGUAAACAUCAUUCAAGGAUUUGGUUUUAUUCACCUUUUUGGAGGCGUUUUGGCGUCUUGUCGAGGAUGACCAAGAAUAUACGGCGUAAAUUCUGGUUUUGCAGAGCUGUUGAUGAAUAGGCAUAGUUGGUAGCAUAUAAUUUGUGGGGUAGGGUAGGGGGGGAAGGCUAAUUUGGUUUAAUUAUCGAAGAGAGAUGGCAGCGAGGCUUUUGCAUUCUUUAACAGAUGAGAAUCCAGAUUUGCAAAUAGGGUGUAUGACUGGGAUCUUUCAAAUGUUUGAUCGCCAACACAUGCUUAGCAACACCACCAAGAGGCUGCCGCCGCCGCCUCCCGGAAGUUCCCACAUCAGUAGUGAUACAUUGAGAGAUUCUAAUGGUGCAAACCCGAAGCCCUCAUCAUUGGAUAAGUAUUCUUACAAGAAUAUGCAAGACCGGCAAAGAUACUCCAUUGAAUCAUCGAGGCCUUCAUUCUCCUCUUCAUCCCACUCAUCCUCGUUCUCUUCCCUUGACUGUAACAAAGCUACCCAGUUGGAAGCUGGAUCAUUUGACAGAAUGGUUUUUCCCGAAACUCCUUCAAGGGACCCGGCAAUGAGCCUGCAGAACACAUCUCCCCAAUUUAGUCGACAAAGUGUUGACCUUCGGGAUCUGGUGAAGGAGUCAAUUUAUAGGGAAACUCAUGGUUCAUCGGUGAAAGCCAAGCCUACCGAGGGAGCUGCAGUUCCCUUCAUGUACAGAGACUCACCAAGGCUACAAUCAAAAACCAAUGAUAGUGACAAGAAGCGGAGCACGCCUGCUGACAUCAAGGAAUCUCUUAGAAUUCUUGCUAAGCUUCAAGAAAACAAUGAACCUAGAGCACUUUUGAGAUCAUCAUCGUACCAUUACAAAGAUGGAUCAUCUUUUUCAAUCUCAAAAGACACCCCUUUUUCAAUCCCAAAAGACACCCCUCGGUUUUCUUAUGAUGGAAGGGAAACAAACCGCGCAGAUGGUUCCAAUCCCGCUCUGAAGCUUAAAGACCUUCCAAGACUUUCAUUGGACAGUAGGGAGAGCUCGAUGCGGAGUCUGGGUGCUGACUCAAAGUCCAACUUCCUCUCAAAACCUAUGCAGAAAAAUUGCGAUGUGGUUGAGGGGAAGGUUCAAGCCCGCCCUCCUAGCGUCGUUGCAAAGCUGAUGGGUUUGGACUCACUACCCGAUUCUGUUUCAUCCGGUGACAGCAAGAUGGGUUCUACUAGGAGUUAUCAAGACGAAAGCUUUGUUGAUGAAUCGAGCUCAUUUGAGAAAUCAGAUAAAACCAAACCAGUUCAACCAUCUAGUCCCUCAAAGAACUCGUGGAAGGAGCCCAUCUCGCCACGAUGGAGGAAUUCUGAUGGUUCAGUGAAACCUAUGUCGUGGCUUCCCAUUGAACCAGCACCGUGGAAGCAGACAGACGGGAUGAGGACUUCCCAGAAACCUGCAUCCAGAAGUGCAAGAGCUCCUGCAAAGGCUCCCACGGUGUUUCCUUCUGUUUACAGUGAGAUAGAGAAGAGAUUAGGAGAUCUUGAGUUCACGCAGUCAGGGAAGGAUCUUAGAGCACUUAAACAGAUACUGGAAGCAAUGCAGGCAAAAGGACUCUUGGAAACACCAAAAGACGGGCAAGGUUCGAAUUUCAACAGUCAUAAGGAACACGAGGAAUUUUUUGUAAGUUCCUCAAGAUCAGCAGACGGGCGAAAACCACUGGCUGAUCAAGUGCUUGCUAUCACAAGGAGAAAGGCCCUUGCUGCACAAAAUCACGACUCUCCUAUCGUGAUAAUGAAACCGGCUAAACUUGCCGAGAAAUCUGGUAUACCCGCUGGUUCUGUAGUUUCAUUUGGUGGCUUUUCUAGUCAACCCAAUCUUCGGGCUAGUGAAUCUGCCGACAAUAGAAAAGGUUCAAACAGUGGCAGGACAUCCAAAGAUACGGUUUUGAAGUCUAGUGAAAGAGAGAGUGCUCCAAGUUCUGUCGGUACGAAAAACAACAACAGAACUUUGAGGACCACACAAACUUCUACCAAGUCCCAGCAGUUGGCCAAAGAGGGGUCUGCAGUGUUGGGUAAGAUCUCCGGAUCAGUCAGCCCGAGAAUGCAACAAAAGAAGCUCGAACCAGAGAGAAGGUCUCGACCUCCCACUCCUCCUGAUUCAAGCAAAUCAAGAAAGCAGCCAAACAAGCAACAGGUCGAGUCCAAUUCUCCUCGUGGAAGACGGAGACCGAAGCAUAGCUAUCCUCAGAAAAGCGAUGAGCAACUGAGCGAGGCCAGCGUUGAAUCAAGAAACUCAAGUUCCCAUGAUAUUGAGGAUUCUGCUGAAUUGAAUGAAACCAUCAUAAGGCGCUCUGGAAAUGUCGAAUUCAAUAGCUCUGAACGAUCUCCAGGGGCAACCAGUUUGGAUAGUUCAUCCUCAAAGGCUUCUCAGUUUAUACGAUCUGGUGUCGUAGAAAAGAAUUCUACCCUGAUGCUGAGUGAGGAAGAGGCGGCAGAUUCUGGUUAUGUUCCUCCUGAAUACUCAAGCCCCAUCUCCGUUCUCGAUAAUGCAGCUUAUGCACACGAUUCUCCUUCUCCUAUAAAGUAUACAGGGAAGACCCUCAAAGUGGAUGUACUCGCAGUUAACGAGAGGGAUUCGAAUGCUGUGGAGCAGAGCUCAACUGAGAGCUUCGUUUCCAGCUCCAUGGAAUCUAGCUCUACAUUUGACUACACAAGGAAGAAACUUCAAAACAUCGAUAACUUAGUUCAGAAGCUCAGGAGGCUCAACUCCAGCCAUGAUGAAGCGCGCACAGACUACAUUGCCUCAUUGUGUGAGAACACGAAUCCGGACCACAGAUACAUUUCCGAGAUCUUAUUGGCUUCGGGUCUCCUCCUUCGAGAUCUUGGUUCAAACCUGACGGAUUUCCAGUUCCAUCCAUCCGGCCAUCCUAUAAACCCCGAGUUGUUCUUAGUCUUGGAACAGACAAAGGCGAGCGCUUCAUCAAAAGACGAGUGUGCAGUCAAAACCACAACCCGAUUGGCAACAAGUGAGAAACUGCAGAGGAAGUUGAUAUUUGAUACUGUCAACGAGACUCUUGCUAGAAAACUGGCCUCCACACCUCCACAGUCCGAGCCUUGGCGGAGGCCGAUUAAGCUAGCGAGGAAGGUGCUGAAUGCUCAGAAUCUGCUCAAAGAACUGUGUUGUGAGAUUGAAGAGCUCGAGACGAAGAGUCCAAUAUGCUGCUCGGGUGAAGAGGACGACGGUUGGAAGACUAUCUUCUGCCACGACGUCCUGCUCCAGUCAGACAACUGGAUGAGCUUCGAUGCUGAUGUCUCAGGAGUCGUUCUUGACAUUGAACGCCUCGUUUUUAAGGAUUUAGUCGAUGAGAUCGUGCGUGGAGAGUCUGCUGGCUUGACAAUUAAACGAGGUAACCGUAAACUCUCUGCAAAAUAAUUUGCAUCCUUGAGCUUUGCUGUUUUGCAUUAUCCUCUCUUUGUUUUACCUUAGAUAGGAACUGGCUGGUUGGAUUGUAAAGGAAACUGUUGUGAAUUGAUUAUAGAGUAUUUAUGAAGAUUAACAUUUAACUGCAAA